GAAGACAGGUGAUAUGAUCUGGUUACUCUCUCUUGUGAAUUUCCCUACAUGGUUAAGUUGUCGCUCUUGCGUAUCUACACUGUAUUCACUGCUUUCUUUAUGCAGAACUAGCUCCACCAACUGCAAUCACUCUUUUGUCCUUUGUGUUUUUACAAACGCAACUGUCAUUACUGGAAGUCAUCGACGUUCUUGGAAUCUUGUCACAGAUUUUUGUGUGCCUUCAUGAAUACCUGAUGGCUGUUACGGGAAACUAGACACUUAACCGCCAUUGUAAAUCUCUCCUGUUGUAUUGAGCGCCUGCAAUAUAUGAUGCCACCUAGAUGCUGGGUACCAACAGGAGGAGAAACUUCAGCUUCAACCUUAAACUCAACAGAAAGCUCUGCUAGCUCCAUUUUGGGCCAUUCAAAUAAUUUCAAAACAGAUAUCGUCUCUCAACCUUUAGCUACAAGCAGAUAUAGCCACUCAGAACAGCAUCAGAGCCUUGAAUCUAGUAACUCUGCUUUGAGCUCUUUGCACACAAUGCUUCAUUCCGGCAACUUUAUCAGAGGUCAAUCAAAUUCAACUGAUGAUUCCGAAUUAUUACAGCCACAACUUAUUGCAGAGCAGCUUAUACUGGACCAAAUAUCGCCUACAGAUGCUGACGGAAAGGUCGCAACUCCAAGUCUAAUGAGUAAAGUUGGUACUAUACAACCAACAGAACUUAUUUAUCCCAAGUCACUGUACCAUGGCUAUAUCCCUCCUUUGCCUGCAAGCAAAGAGCAUUUCGUAUGCUCGGCUUUAUUACAGGAAUUCAAGAAGAAAGGUAGGACAGAGGUGUCAUCGACGCAGGAAGAUUUUGUGGAAUUUGAGUUGGCCGAAUUUUCGAUUUACAUGCCUGACACAGCUCUCUAUGGGCAUGAGCUGCGUGGCCUACAAGACCUUGCUAGUAAACUCGGUCAUUCAUGCUUCCUAUUCGACGGCGUUCUGAGUCUAGGGAACUUCCGAUACUAUGUUCAAGGCGUACCAUUCAAAGUAUGCUCAAUAGGAAAUUAUGGUGAAGAAUUUGAUGAUGUUGAUGGUGCUAUAUGGCUUCAGUCUGAUCUCAACAUAGAAACCAAUAUUUACUAUCGACUCAAAAAGCCCGCGUCGGAAUAUUCUCGUUUUCAUCUUGGAUUUUCAUGGUUGGCGAAUCUGUCGAAGCAUUUUGUUGAUUACUCUUUAGCAUGUCAGGGAAAAAGGGAAAGGGUGUCGAUCCACAAAUUUCGGGCAGACUUUGCGCAGUGGUGCCAAAAGACACAUACAGAAUCAUCAAAAUUCCAAUCUUGGUAUCUCGAAUAUGGUCGAGAUGAUUUCAGACAAGCCAUCUCAGCAAAUAUAAACUUUUUGUUCAAGGAAUCGGUGGGUGUAACAUCAAAACUUCGCUCGUUGUACAUCUGGAAGGAAGCAUUGGAGCUCACAAGCAUUAAAGAACAUCCAAUCAAAGAAAACAUGACCAUCGUCACGCCAUACGUUUAUGAAUGCUUCAGUCAUCUAAGGUUCGGUCACCUACUCAAGCCUCUGGUACCAACUAUAUUUGCAGAGAAUGUACAAGAACCAGAGGAUCAAUCACUGUCACUUUCGCCAAGAAAGACACGCAUUUCUUGUGAUCCCACUCUGACAAUCAAGCCUCGAGGCAAAUUCUUCUAUGGCAGUAAAGCUAGUCUAGGAGCCAGGAUGGGCCAGGAUGGGGCCAUAAAACGGCAGCGGAUGCUUGAUGCUAUCAAAAUAGGAGACGUUUUAUCAGUCACCAAGGAUGGAGCAGAUUCUGUGUGGAAAGACGAGUCUAGCAAAUGGAAAACAGAAGACAGUUGUUGGUAUUUGUAUGUACAAAUCAAGCAUCAAAGUCUUCGUGGCAAUUACUCUUUCGAUGGCAUUUGGCUUUAUAAGCCUUCUGAUACUAGUUGUGCAAAGAUGAAGUAUCCAUACGCCAAAGAACUGUUCCUCAGUGACAACUGUACUUGUGGGUCUCGGGAUUCUCGGAUAGCACAUGAUGAAGUCAUUGACAUCAUACCUAUAAUCUGGCAUGGACUACCGUCAGAAACGGACAUCUUCGUUCGUCAGACAUAUCUCCGCCACGAGAGUUUUGUAACAUUAAAAGAUUCACACAAAACAUGUGAACAUUUGCGAAAGUCCGAGGGAGAUUCGUCGUUGGCAUCCACGAUCGUUCAUCGCUUUCCUAUUGGACAAACGAUACUUGCUUUACCCCCUCGACGGAAUUCGAAGAACAAUCUAGAGCCUUAUGAGAUUGUAGGAUACGUAGAAACAAGCUCUAAAUUAAACGUCACACUAAGGAGACUUCUGAGGAGAUCGGAGAUUGAUCAUGCUGUGUCUUGUAGACCAAAUGAGCUUGUGUACACUAAUUUGAUAGACACAAUCUCGGCGCAUAAGCUCGAAAAAGCAUGUCUUGUGCGAUUCUAUACUGAAAAUCAAGUCUCAAGUGGCAGUGUCCCAGCACCUUACUGUAGAGAUGGAGGCUCUAAUGCCUUCAUCAUUACGAAGCGGUUGUGUGACGAUAAUCAGACGCUGGUACCAAUAGAAAGUGAUGCACCCCAAACCCUUAUUCAAGGUUUUGAUCCUCUAGUCCCGCUAAAUCGAAGAGUUCUGAAUGGACUCGAUCUAUUCUGUGGUGGUGGUAAUUUUGGCCGUGGGUUGGAAGAAAGUGGUGUACUGCAUAAUAAAUGGGCUGUCGAUUUGUUCUCAGCAGCAUUGCAAACAUAUGCUGCUAAUUUGAAGAACCCUGAGAAAACCGAUUUAUACUUUGGUUCAGUCAACGAUUUACUAUCUGAGGCCUUUGUGGGAAAUCCACAGUCGCUCAAGAUACCUCUACCAGGUGACGUUGAUGUUAUCAUGGCUGGUAGUCCUUGUCAAGGUUUCAGCAGAAUGAAUUCGAACAAAGGUAAUGAUCAGAGUCUACGGAAUCAGUCCCUCAUCGCAUCUGUUGCUGCAUAUAUUGAUUUUUAUCGCCCCAAGUACGGAUUGCUAGAGAAUGUUCUGAACAUGGCUCAGAAAGGAUUGAGAAGAGACGAAGAUGUUCUCUCUCAACUUAUUUGCACUAUCGUCGGUCUUGGAUACCAGGUACAGCUUUUCUUACUUGAUUCAUGGAGUUUUGGUAGCUCUCAAUCACGAAGUCGAAUAUUUGUCUCAUUUGCAGCCCCUGGUUGUGUUCCACUUGAGCAUCCAGAGCUUUCUCACUCACACCCCCCACACGUUGGCGAACGUGGACUUGGUAAAUUAGCAAAUGGGCAAUCAUUUGGUAGCCGGGUUCAUUGUCCUACUCCGUUUCACUACCGCACUGCUGAACAAUCUGUAGCUGAUCUUCCUUACAUUGGAGAUGGUGCGACUGGUCAUUGCACAAAAUAUCCGGAUCAUGUUUCCCCUCUUACCUUGUCUAGAAAAUAUCGGUCACAAAUCGCAUGCAUUCCCACCCAUCCACGAGGUAUGAGUUUCUCAAAGACAUGGAAUGAAGGCAAUGGUAUAAUGACUAAAGAGGAACGAGACCUUUUUCCAUAUCUAGCCAAGUCAGGGAGAAUCAGAGAAAGCGUUGUCACGGGUUCUAGAGCCUGGGGAAGGAUACAGCCUCACAAAUUAUUUCCUACCGUGCUGGUGGUAAUGAACAUGGAGGACUCCCGCAUGGGGACGAUUUUGCAUUGGGAUCAGCAUAGACGCUUAACAUUACUGGAACUACGUCGCGCGCAGAGCUUUCCUGACGAUGAGGUAAUCAUCGGUAGAAGAGGGGAGCAAAUAAAAAUCAUCGGGAAUAGUGUCGAUAGGACUGUUUCCAUGGCAUUAGGAAUUUCUUUACGAAAAGCUUGGCUAGAGUGUUCACCUGAAGUCGAUAUGCCUAAAAGAAUCGUGAGAGCUAAAACAUCGGUGGCCUCCAGGGAGAGAUCUUCAGAAGUUCCAGUUAGUACCGGCUCUACUGCUUUGGAAGUUAUUAUAAGUCAACGGCCAAAACAUGAGCGAUAUGGUUUGGAGGCACCAAAUCGUGUAUCGAACGGUCCUGUAGCGUUUAACUCGAGCUCAUCGGGUUCAGUUGGUUCAGUUGGUUCCAGUUUGUCUGGUUUUGGCAAAUCGGGUUCAUUUGAUAGUGCUCAAAAAUUUCUAAGCGACAUGUCCAAGAUGCAAAAAAGACGGCAAUCGACUGACCAUGCCAACGAACCCGCUCGUAAAUCUCCAAGAUUGAGCCCAGCAUGGAGUCUUUCAUCAAAAUCAAGAGAACCCGUUGCAAAUUCAACCUAUAAUCUCAAUCCAAUUCUGGAUUCCAAGUCUACAAAACGUUCGGGUCCGAGAAAUAUCACCACACCAAGUACUCAUGAACCUAGAUUAGAGAUUGUUUCUCCUGACUUAUAUUCAGCAUCGCCUCCUUCAAAAAUCAAUUCUCCCUAUCAAUCAAACACACUCAACAUAACCAAUCAUGCGAACAAGCAUUCGCAUUUUCCACAACAUAAUUCUGUCACAAUGGAUGGCAAUAAGGAUGACAACGAAGAUACCAUCUGGGUAGAAUCCGGUCCACGCGUCUCAAAUCUUCUCCAUCGAACUCUGCAUUCCCGCACCACUACAUCCAGAACUGCUAGCAUCCUCAAAAACUCCACAUCAAAUUCCUCGCAUGCCAAAAAGCGCUCUCAAUUCAUUGACCUCACGACAUCCGACAGCGAAGAUCAAAAUCUUAGUGCUACAUGUGUACCACGAUCCUCGCUACAAGUCAUUAUUCCCGCUCCUGUUGAAAUGGAAAAACGUGAUUAUUCUAUUUCUUCUGCCCCCCAAGCACCAGAGAGUAGACUUGCGUCUGGGAUGCAGAAUAUGUAUGUAGCGGUGGAUAAUAGUCAGUUUGAUGCGUAUGCACAGACUCAUCUUUCGAUGAGGAAUGUGGGUGAUAGAUAGGAUGGUGUGUUAAGGGUGAAGAUGAGUAGGGAAGCUUGGGUAGAGGGGUGGAGGAAUGGAGGUGGAGAUGAAAGUGGGAGUGGAAGUGGAGGGUAAUAUUGGAGAGAAAGGGGAAGAGUAUCCAAAAGAGACAGGAGAAGAAGAUAGGGUAUUCCAUCCCAAUCUCAAUCGUAACAAUAUCACUGUUGGAGUUUGCACACAAGGGGUAAGGAGGGGUGCGUUGGGUAUGGUAUUUCAAACUCGUCUGUUAUUGGCAUAUAUGAUAUGUCAAAUGACAUAUGUAGUCAAUACAUAAGGGAUUGUAAUAGACUUCACAUCCAUCUUAUCAUCAGGUAUUAGAUUUUGAUUGAUUUCGACGGACUUGGUAAUGAUGUAAAGUAUCUAGACAGGUAACUUAAUGUAAUUAUAUCA